UGUCAGUGAACACGGACAGACCAUGCCUCUUCCGGAAACCAUGUUUUGUGCUCAGCAGAUCAAAAUCCCCCCUGAGUUACCCAAUAUCCUGAAACAAUUUACCAAAGCUGCUAUUAGGACUCAACCUCGUGAUGUUUUGCAGUGGGCAGCUGCGUAUUUUUCAGCGUUGUCAAAAGGCGAGCCCCUUCCUGUGAAGGAAAGGAUUGAAAUGCCUUUAGCAACAGAGCAAACAGAUGCCGGUUUGACCCUAGGACUCCUUAAAACCUUGCACAAACAGCUUUCUCCCAAAGGCAUGGUGAAUGUUGCAGAACUGAAGGAAAAAUGGAAGCACUUGUGCUUGCCACAGAAGCAACUGGAAGUUAUCCUGCAGUUGGACCACUUUGGUGAGGAGGUGGAAUGGAUGAAGGUUCUGGCACUUGGGUGCAGCAUGCUCGGCGGGUCCUUACUGAGUUCAAUGAAACAUGCCUGUGAGAUCUUAACAAGCGACCCAGAAGGUGGAGCAGCUCGCGUUCCCUUCGAAACAUUCUCAUUCCUUUACUCCUAUUUGGCCAGUAUCGAUGGAGAAAUACCAGAGGAGAAAACUGAAGCAUUUCUCCACGGAAUUAAAGAACAAGCUGACCAACAAACUGGCAUGGUACUGCUCAGAAACUUUCUGACCCAGCCCUCAACGUUGUUUUGAUCAAGCCUACUCUUCAGCACCA